GAGCCAUGCAAAACAACGACACUUGAUGCUACCCUACCGCGGACGCGCUAGAGCCAACACCACGCGACAAGAGUAGAUACAAGAUGGCGACCAUUUUAGUAUCAGAGGAAUAAGUGCCGUGAAGGAUAGAAAAAGCUAUGCCGUGGGACCACCCCGUUUCUGAGCUCGCCAUGGUGAUCUGAAGCCCCAGUGUGGACGUGUCACAUCCACACUCACCUACCCACAGACACACACACGGACUGAGCCACCCAGCAAGUGUGUGCGAUGGACAGGUGUAAGCACGUGGGGCGGCUCAGGCUGGCCCCAGAUCACUCCAUCCUCAACCCCCAGAAGUGGCACUGCGUGGACUGCAACACCACAGAGUCAGUGUGGGCCUGCCUGGGCUGCGCCCACGUUGCAUGCGGCCGCUACAUCGAGGAGCACGCCCUGCAGCACUUCCUGCAGCAUCGUCACCCGCUGGCCAUGGAGGUCAACGAGCUCUAUGUCUUCUGCUACUUGUGUGACGACUAUGUGCUCAACGACAACGCAACGGGAGACCUCAAGCUGCUGCGCUCCACUCUCAGUGCCAUCCAGAGCCAGCGCUACGAGGUCACCACGCGCUCAGGACGCACCUUGAGAUCGGCUAGCACCCCGCCCGACGCCCCCCAGCCCUGCGGCUCCAGUUUACUGCAGCUGAGGGACGAGGACCGCAUGUUCACGGCGCUCUGGCACCGCCGCCGGGCACUGAUGGGUCGAGUGUUCCACACCUGGUUCAGCCUGACAGAAGGGGGGAAGAGGAGGGAAGAGGAGGAGAGGCAGAGAGAGGAGGAGGAAAGGAGGCGGAAGGAGUUGAGGGAGAGGAGGAAGACGUUGAAGAGGCAGCUAAAGGAAGCGUUGGAGAGCGCCCCACCAAGGAAGAGCCACCGCCUGAGGAGAGCCAGUCAGAGAGCUGCUGCCGCCGCCGCUGUCGCCCCCCGCCCCACACGGACACGCACACCCAGCACCACUUACACACCCCAGUCUCCCCUCAAACCCCGACCAAGAACCCAGAGCCCCGCCACUCCCACCCCCAAGAGAAUGGGCCGCCCCCCUAAAACCCCUGCGCCCAAACCCACUCGCUACUCAACACCUUCUUCCUCCACCAAAGGCAAACCCAGAGCCUCCUCUGUCCAAGCCUUGACUGCCCCCUCCCCAGCCCCCCGCCGUGCCCCCUCCAAACAGGGUGACUCGCCCCUCAAACGUCGGCCCACUGUCACUCCGGGUGUCACGGGCCUGCGUAACCUAGGCAACACAUGCUACAUGAACUCCAUCCUGCAGGUGCUGAGCCACCUUCACAUCUUCAGGGAGUGUUUCCUCCGGCUGGAGCUGCUAGCCUCGGCCGUCCACGGCCAGCUGUUGGUUCCCAGCCCCGGGGGCCCAGUGUCAUCCUCCCCGCUGGCCCAGAGGAGAGGCCCCCAGAUGGGCGUUGGGCUAAGUGGGGGGGCCUCCAGGGCCCGGAGUAUGGAGCUGAUUCAGCCCAAUGAGCCCAGCUCCAAGCACAUCUCCCUGUGUCAUGAGCUGCACACACUCUUCCAGGUGAUGUGGUCGGGCAAGUGGGCGUUGGUGUCGCCCUUCGCAAUGCUGCACUCGGUGUGGCAGCUGAUCCCAGCCUUCCGGGGCUACGCCCAGCAGGAUGCCCAGGAAUUCCUGUGUGAGCUGCUUGACAAGGUGCAGCACGAGCUGGAGAGCACAGGGGCUCACAUGCCACCCGCUGGUGUGUCAACCGGACAGAGACAUCUCAUCAAGCAGGUGCUCAGCGUAGUCAACACCAUCUUCCAUGGUCAGCUCCUCAGCCAGGUGACGUGUCUUGCAUGUGACCACCGCUCCAACACGGUAGAACCCUUCUGGGACCUGUCGCUGGAGUUCCCUGAGCGUUACCACAGCAACAGCCGGGAGAGCGCAGCGCAGGUCUCGUGCCAGCUGACGGAGAUGCUGGCCAAGUUCACGGAGACCGAAGCACUGGAGGGCAACAUCUACGCCUGCGACCAGUGCAACAGUAAGCGGCGGAGGUUCUCCUCCAAGCCCGUCAUCCUGACUGAAGCUCAGAAACAGCUGAUGGUUCACAAACUUCCUCAGGUCCUGCGCCUGCACCUCAAACGCUUCAGGUGGUCUGGGAGAAACCACAGGGAGAAGAUUGGGGUCCACGUCAGCUUUGACCAGCUCCUCAACAUGGAGCCAUACUGCUGCAGAGACCCCUCCCCCAAGGGCUCGCCAUGCUCCAGUCCCACCCCCGCUGGCUCCCCAAGCCCCAAACACUUCCUGUACGAACUGUCCUCUGUGGUGAUGCAUCAUGGGAAGGGCUUCGGCUCUGGCCACUACACUGCCUACUGCUACAACAAAGAAGGAAGGUUCUGGGUCCACUGUAAUGACUCUAAGCUGAACGUGUGUUCUGUGGAGGAGGUGUGUCGCGCCCAGGCCUACAUACUCUUCUACACGCAGCGCUUCACUCAGGAUAAAGACAGGCCUCUAUAGGACCAGAACCCACCGAGCCCCGCCCCAAUCCUCCUCCUUUGUACCUCAGCAGUCCAGUGACAUGUCAUCAUCAGCAUUACCACCAACACCAAAACAUCUCAACCCCCCCCCCCCCCCCCCCCCCCUCUCACACUCUUUCUUUGUGGGCAUUUUAUCUCCUCUGGGGGGAGGAAUGAUUCAUUGUAUCAUUAUUUUUCUAAGAGAGACAAAGGACACACUCCUUUUUAUUUUAUUUUGUCUUUGUGAAUUUCUUGUACAUGUUGUUUAUAUGGGUUUUAAAAGAAAAGUCAAACGUGUUUGUGUUUGAUAGUGUAUAGGUUUAUUUUAUCAAGAGUAUCAGCCAAGUUGUGCGUUGUAUUAUAGACACGCCUUUACAGGAGUAGAGACAGACUUUGGCCAGGUGUGACUGUGUAAUCUGUAGUUCAGAUUUAUUCAGGUGUCAACCUUUCUGCUCUUCUGUGCUCUAUUUUUCUUUUUCUUAAACGAUUUGAAUCAACUAAAAUGUUUCUCACAGCCACUUUAGACAGUUGACUAAGUCAGUCAGUCAAAUUCUCAACUGGAAUGUAGAUAAUUCCCUCCAUAAAUAGUCUUUAGAGUUUAACCCUUUUUGGUUUGCCAAGAGAUGGAAGGGAAGAGAUGGAAGGGAGAUGGAAGGGGAAGUGAGACAACUCACUCACUUCUAUUUUCUGGUUCAUAUACAGUCAAUGAACUAAGCAGGCCAGACCCAGCUGCUAAUGCAUUGGUGCCUAUGGGAGAGCCACCACUUAAGUGGAAUGGAACAGUGACAUUUAAAAAAAAAAAAAAAAAAAGGUAAACCGCCUGAGUGGGACAUCUUCAUUAAUCCACCAUCUUUGGUAUCGCUCUCUCUAGUAAGUCUGGUCGGUCAGGAAAUGGUUCAUAAUUAACUACUGACCUCAUGCCAAAGGACGAGGGAAACGUUUAAAAAGUAUCUCAGAUUCUCCAAAAACAAUUACAGGACAUUUGCAAGAUAUAUUCUUUGACUGGUUUUGGGAAAUCUAUUUUAUAACCAGUUUCCAAAGGGAUGUUUGUUUUUAGCUGAAUCCUGCCCUCUGUCUUCAGAAUGUAGAUGUCUUUCGUGGUGCUGGUGCUUUUAGGCUUGUUGCCUCCUAACUUUUGGUUGGUAUCCCUACAGCAGAAACAAGUGUCAUAGAAAAGUGCCCUUCGUUAAUCAGAACAUAUCUAUUUUUGUAGUUCCCUUGCCAUAAGUGUAUUUGGUAUCAGUUCUUUGUAGCAGAGACUGUAAAAUGCAGUCUCACCCAGGCCAGCAUUUAGAAUAUUGAAUGUAUUUUUGUGUACUCGGACAUUGAGGAUUUUUCACAAAAGUUGUUUAAAAAAAAAAAAACAGGGCCACUGACUGUUAAAGAUUUUUUAUAGUUUUGUAAUUGAUUCCUUUCCCCCCAGCAGGUCUGACCCAUCUCGUGUGUGUAUACCAGCAUAUGUGUUCACACAAUAUAGUUGGCUCUGUAUAAUGUAAGUAUAAAAUAGCCAGACUGAUGCAAGUAGAUCCUUGCUGUGUUCAAAACUGUACGCGUGUAAGAAAGAUAUCUCCAUGCUGGUACUAGCUUAACUGCUCAACCUAAAUGCUGUUCAUCUCUAGAUUCACCUUUUGGGGAGAAUUCAAAGCACAUUUCCACUUCAUCCUUUUUUCUGUGCGAUGUUUGUCUGCAUUGUGCUCAUACUGCCUCGGGUGUGUGUACAUUUAUGGAAGUGAUACUAUGCAAAUUCUUACCUCAAUUUUUAUAGAAUUACCUCAAAAUGAGAAUAUAUUUUCAUUUUUCUAAGAAAA